AUGGACGAGAAGGCAAAGCUUGUACAGGCCGAUCAACUCAAGAAGUUCGCCUUCUUCGGAGUGGCUGUUUCCACCGUCGCCACUUUGAUCGCCAUCAUUGCGGUGCCUCUGCUCUGCGUUCAUAUGCAGUCGGUGCAAUCGGUUCUUUCCGAUGAACUCACUUUCUGCAAGUCGAAGAAUCUCGACAUGAAGACUGAGAUCAGCCGACUCUCAUCCCUCCGCACUGAAUCUGGAAGAGGAAAACGUCAGGUUGCCGAGACUUGCUGCUCUUGCGGUAUUGGAGAGACAGGACCUGCCGGAGUUCCAGGACAAGAAGGAGCCCCAGGAGACGAUGGUAAACCAGGAAAUCCAGGAGCGCCAGGAGCUGACGCCGAUGAGCAAGGCAUGCACUACAUUCCCCCAGAGUUUUGCUUCGACUGCCCAGCUGGACCACCAGGACCGGUCGGUGGACCAGGACCAAAGGGACCACCAGGACCACCAGGAGGGGCAGGAGAGCCAGGAAACGAAGGACGCAGCGGAAAUCGCGGACCACCAGGACCACGUGGACCACCAGGAGAGGCCGGACCAGACGGCGAAGGAGGCCGUCCAGGACAGAACGGACAGACCCGCACACUUCCAUCGCCACCGGGACAACCAGGACAGCCAGGAGAAAAGGGAGCUCCAGGAGAGCCAGGACCAGACGGACGUCCAGGACAUCCAGGCCGCAAUGGACCACCAGGACCACCAGGAGACAACGGACCAGUUGGACAGCCAGGAAACGAUGGAGAGAACGGAACUCCAGGAGAGCCAGGAAAGGAAGGUGCCAAGGGAUCUUGCGAUCAUUGCCCACCACCACGCACCGCCCCUGGAUAUUAA